GAUUUUUCUACUUUAGUCCUGCUCUUCCUUGACAAAAGUAUGGUUGAUGAUUCAAGUAGCCAUCAAGCUUCUGAUUCUGGCUCACCUCAAAAGGGAGCUUCAAUGCUGUCGACUUUUGCUUCAAAUGGAACUGAUGAGCUUUCUAAUAGCAAUGGGCUGCUAAAUCCUUUUGAUCCCAACACACACACUUUCAAUCAAUUCUUUCCCACAUUGAGAGCUCAGAGAGAAAUUAUUCUUAGCUCAAUCAACCAUUUUGUACUAAAGCAGAAAGAAACCGUUUAUUUAAUAUCAAAAGCUUGGUUUAAUACGUUUCUAAAUGACCACUCUUUGAAUAAGCUAUCCACUCCCUUACAGUUAAAACUCGCACUAGGUCCUAUCAAUACCAAAUGUCUUUUCAAAAAACACAGCUAUGGGGAGGACUUGCUAUCUGCUCAUGAUCCAUCAAAUAUACCUUAUAUUUCUUUAUCAUUUGAUGCAUGGAAUUCAAUUUUAAAUUGGUAUGAGCUUGAGGAAGAAAAUAUUCCCGUUAAAAGAUUUAUCAUCAGGUUCCCUAACUCUCACUCAUUUGAUAUUGAAUACCACCAAUUAAAUUUUGGAAUCAAAAUAGUGUGUCUUUCUCUUCAAAAUAGCAAUUUGGAUUUUUCUUCUUCCAUAAAAUUUUCAAGAAUAAUUACCAUGCACGAAUUAUAUCUUAAAGUAUUGAAGAUGUUCACGCCAUUUACUCAAAAUCAAAAUUGGAAAAACUUUACCUCUGCUUCUUCAUCUUUGCAAAAAUAUGACAAUAUUCUAUCUAAAGUUAGAAUAUGGUAUUUAAAUGAUCCUCGCAUUGAUAAUCUUUCCGAAGAAUGUGAUUUAUCGAUUUUUGCAAAAACUGAUCAGAUUGUCUUUAUUGGAAAUAAACAUAUGUCUCUUACACCCAUCCAGCUAAAUAUGGAAUCUGGUUGUUUUUUAGUCGAGUUAGAAACUCAUCUAAAUAAUUUUCCAACAGAUUAUUUGCAAUCCUUUUUUCAAGACUAUACGAAGUAUCAUAGUUUUCGAUUUCUAACUUUGGCCAACGAUCGUCCAUUCACUGAUGGUUGUAUUGGCCUUCAUAAUAUUGGUAACACAUGUUAUAUGAACUCGGUUCUUCAAUGUUUAGUUCAUAUACCCGAGUUGGUUUUCUUUUUCUCCACUGAUUCUUACAAACAAGAAAUAAAUCUUACUGAUCUAACUGGUCCUGCUCGAAAUGUUCUUUUAAAUUUUAUUGAAUUGAUUCAAAAUUUGUUUUUAAAUACCGAUUUCUCUUUAGACAACAGUUAUUCUCUCAACCCCAGCAAGUUUAAAGAGGCAAUCGGCAACUUCAAUUCGCUGUUUCACUCAUACAAACAGCAAGACUCACAAGAGUUCUUAUCCUGCUUUUUGAAUUGUUUGAAAAAAAAUAUAAAUCAAUCUUUCAAUCAACCAAUUACUCAACCCUCUAAUAUUUCAAAUGAAAAAGCUAAGAAUUCUGCAGAAAUUAAAAAAUUAUUUGAUAUUUACUUUUCCAACUAUAAGUCCCAAAAUAAUUCUAUUAUUGAUGAGAUGUUUGUUGGUAUUUACAAAUAUACCUACACUUGUUCAAAUUGUGGAAAUGUUUCAAUUAAUUUCGAUCCCUUUGUUGAUCUUGGCCUUCCCCUACCUUCUUUUGAUAAAUGGCUUUUCAAAGUUAUUGUCUUUCCCGAAAAUAGUUCUCCAAAAUUUUUGGAAUUUGUUUUAAAAAAAAAUACUCUAUAUUUUGAAUUAAAAAAAUAUAUUUGUGAAGAAUUUCAUUUCAAUAGCAAUGAUUUGUUUGGGUUUGAAGUUACUCAAUCCAAAUUUCAAAAAAACUUUGAAAACUUGAACAAAAAAAAAUAUGCUAAUUUUUCCUAUUUUGGAGAUAUUCAUCGCACUCCUGUUUGUGAAUUGAUUCAAAAAAAUGGACAACUAGUUUUUUAUGAAAUAAGUUUAAAUAAUGACAGCAAUUUGCUUGUGCCCAUAUAUAACACAAAAGCUUUCUCCAAAAAAUACUAUAAUCAAUUAUUUGGUCUUCCAUUUUUUAUUUCCUUGAGAAAAGAAGAAAAGUCAUCGUAUCUAGCUAUUCGAACCAAGAUUGAGAAAAUAUACGAAAAUCUUUCAAAUAAUAUCAGUUUUAAACAGUUGGCAAGUUUAGCCAGAAAAAGACUAUUCAAAUCUGAUGACUCAAUUUCAGAUCAAAAAAUUUUCAAAAAACAUAAAAUAUCAGAAAAUAAGGGAUUUCUUGUAAAAAAACUGACUGUUCAAAAAAAUAAAAAAACAAUUGAAAGAAAAUAUUCAAAUGAAGAUGACAGCCUGAGUGAUGAUUCAUUUAAUCCCGACAAGUUUGUGACUUUUAAUGAUAAUUUAAGCUCUGCUCCUUUUACAGCUAAUAAUCAUAAACUAACGUUUCUGCAAUUUCUUAGUGAAUUUGCAUUUGUAAUAAAACUCUAUGACUUUCUGACUAAACCUAGGUUUCUUAUUAAUAACUCUGAGAGCUUACCCAAUGAAAACAAGCAGAUUUCUUUUCCAAAGCAUUUCAAUCCCUUUCAGGAUCUACAAACUUUAGCAGAUAGAACUCUAGAAUACAAAAAUUCUGAAACUGAAAAACUUGAAGUUGAUUCUAUUUCAUUUUUAGAGUUAAAAACCAAGACUGCUUCUUUUGAUUGUAAUCAAAAUGAUUCCAAUAGUUUAAUGCCAAAACAGAUUCAAAAUUUGUCUCCGUUGAAAAAUCCUUCACUCUGUGCCGAUAAAAAAAAAAUGUUUGUUGGAAAAUGCACCGAACUGUUAAUUUACAGAGAUAGUGAAUCUGAGGAAGAAUCGGAUGAAAAUGAAGAGGCAAGUAUUUCUUCUGUUGAGUCUGAAGUUUCUGACGAUUUAGUUGAAAAUUCUAUCAAUAAAGAUUUUGGCUCUCUCAUUGAGGAUAAAAUGGCCUUGAUUUGUGAAUGGGACAAUAGGAUGGCAAGCAUUUUUUUUCAAACCAAUAAACACGAUAAAAAGACUUUUUCCAACAACAUAUCCUUUAAUUUUGAAAUUAUUAGAACUAAGGAAGCAGAAACUAUGAAAAAUUUAUUUGAAGAGCAAACGCAAACCACAACUUUAGAAAGGUGUUUUCAAAAGUUUUCAGAACCCGAAAUAUUAUCAAAAGAACAUGCAUUUCAUUGUGCUGAGUGCAAACAUAGAAUUCUUUCCAGGAAGAUUGAAAUUUUCAAACCACCUAAUAUCCUAAUAAUAAAUUUAAAAAGAUUUAAAACCAAAGGUAGCUUGGGUAAAAAAAACAAAGCUAUAGUGUCUUUACAAUCAGAAUUGCACUUAAAUAUAAGUGACAAUGAUUACGAAUAUGAGCUAUUUGGUGUUAUCAACCACUUUGAGGGCUUAGGUGGUGGCCAUUAUACUUCUCAUGUUAAGAACUUUGUCGACAACCAUUGGUAUUAUUUUGAUGAUGACAAAGUGUCUCUUUCCAGUCCUUUUGAAAAACCUACAAGUAUGCCAUAUAUUUUGUUUUACCGGCUUUUAACAGCAGAAGUUAUGGGAGGUGCUGCUUUACAACAGUUAACCAAAUUAUCAAAAGUCAUAGUUCAAGCAAAAAUUAAUAAUGUUCUCGCUCAGUUUAAAAACGAUUUAUAGCUGGGUCGUUUUUCAAAUUUUCUUUGAUAGUAGCAAAUUUGGGGGUCAAAAAGUGAAUUAUUGCUUACUAGAAAAUUAGAUCAUAGAAGUAUUUUAUCAAAUUUCUCUAUGUGAUUCUCCAUAUAUCUAUAUAUAAAUCAUUAUUGUUUAUAUUAGUUAUAAUAAAUAUAGAAAAUAAAAUAAUUUUAGUUGCAUUUCAACUUUUUGUCAUUGACGAUUAAAAAAAAAGCU